GCGUGAGAUUCAGGGUAGCGACAAGGAGAAUGUCCCCAAUUAGGUAAGUUGAGGCACCUUCGUGCAGCUAUGUUAGGUACCUAAGGUACCCAGGUAGUUUGAAUUCUAUACCAAUGGAGAAAGGACGUAACAACGUAGCCUACACGUACCUGCCUACACGUACCUACCUACCUACCUAGAUAAGUACCUAGGUACCUAGGUAAGUCUCUAUGUUGUUUGGCGCUGAUUAAAUUGAGAUUGGUGGAUGUUAUCCAAGUUCAAAAACUCGCUGCUGAUGCGAAAAUGAAAAGUCAGUCCGGCAGGAGAAAGAUGGAGAAUAGAUGAGAAAGGUGGAUCUCACGUGAGCUCGCGUUGGAACCCCACCAACGAACGCGGGCAAGGUUGUCUCAAUUCCCGGUAGCCACGCUCCGGAGGCUUUUAUCGUUAUUCCGAUUCUACUGAUCCUCUGAUUUCGAUAACAUUAAUGCCACCGAGACUGUUUACCUUGCCAAGACGUACUCGUAUCGUCUCGAGAAGCUUGCAACUGCGUCUGUCUCAAGAACCGGCCCCACUACAUGACCGACCGAGAGCGUGCAUGAUGUCUUCACCUGGGAAACGACGUGCAAGCAAUGCGGCCAUCUCCCCACCUCCUAUCAAACGAAAAGCGCAGACGACCAUUACCAAAACUGCCGUCGCCUCGUUCUUCACUCCAACUUCUCAAAAGCCCAAGGAACGAACAACCUGGAAUGAGCGCAUGCCACCGAAGGAUGGAAAGGACAGCAAUGACGCCCGAGCCACUCUUUUAGUUGCGCAAUACACACCCGAAAGCUACGAGGCCGAGCCGCCAUCUAAAAGGAGAAAGGUUGCGGCAUUCGAUCUGGACGGCACUAUCAUACGAACAGCGUCAGGCAAGAAGCAUGCCGAUGGCCCUGGCGACUGGCAGUGGUGGGACACCUGCGUUCCACUCAAACUCAAGAGUUUAUACUAUGAAGAUGGAUACCGCGUCGUCAUAUUCUCGAACCAAGGGGGCCUUACACUCCACCCCGAUCCCAAGUCGAAAGGACCAAAAAAUACCAAGCGAACCGAUCAAUUCAAAACCAAGGUCAACUCUAUCUUGUCAAAGCUCGACAUACCCAUCACUCUCUACGCUGCGACUGCAAAGGACAUAUUUCGCAAGCCACGACCCGGCAUGUGGAAUGAGAUGCUCAACGACUACGACUUGAAUGGGACUGAAGCCACACCAGAAAUGGAACACAGCUUUUUCGUGGGGGAUGCGGGCGGCCGCACGGCGCAGCUGGUCUCUGCAAGCGCCGUGACUGCCAACGCCGCCAUUAAGAGUAAAGGCAAGGGUCGGGCGGGACCAGCGGCGUUACCCAAGGACUUUAGCUGCUCAGAUCGCAAUCUGGCACACAACAUAGGAAUAGACUUCAAGACUCCAGAGGAAUACUUUUUGGGGGAGGAACCGCGAGACUUUGUCCGUGAUUUCGACCUCGCCAGCCACCCAUUUCCAGAUGCCGACGGAGAGCCCAAGGCGCUUAUAGAGCAAAAGAACGAGAAGGACAUUAUCCUCUUUUGUGGGCCUCCAGGCGCAGGCAAGAGCACAUUCUACUGGAAGUACUUGAAGCCGCUUGGAUACGGGAGGGUCAAUCAAGACACGCUGAAAACCAAAGAAAAGUGCUUGAGCGCUGCUGCCGAGAUGCUCAAGGAUAAAGUCUCGGUCGUCAUUGAUAACACAAAUCCUGACCCGGAUACUAGGGCACUAUGGGUUGCUCUCGCCAAGAAACAUGACAUUCCUAUACGCUGUGUAUGGUUCAAGACACCACUGGCAUUAGCUCAACAUAAUGACGCUGUCAGGUCAAUGAACGGCACUAUGAACCCGGAAUUACGAGCUGGACUUCCUGCUCUCGCUUUCAAUAGCUUCAACUCGAGACUCAAGGAGCCAAAGGUUGGCGAGGGUUUCCAAGAUGUUGUCGAGAUUGAGUUCACUUUCAGGGGCACAAAGGAUGAAUACGAACUAUGGGGGAAAUACUGGCUCUAAACGCACACGGCUUCCAACAAGCAACAAGCCAAGCAUUUGGUGCCAGAUUAACUUGGCAAGAAUUACAUACACAAGGACCGAUCUCCCCUGCCAAGGAGCCAAGUCGGUCGUUGACGAUCGAGCCCCAGAUAUUACAUUUCCUCCACUCUUCGACUUGCCCAGAAUACUCUAAAUCCUCCACCGGCACUCAAGAUUGAGCUCCAUCAUAACCCCAGAGGUUCAUCAUGUGCUACAAGAUCAACAGGCACCAUCACACCUGACCACCACUUAGAUCGUUAUGCAGCAGCAGUCGAAUGGAAGCGGGCAUGGUAUGCAGAAACAGAAGCGACCCGGACAGCAACCGCCGCGACCGUUGUCACCGCCUCUGAGGCCCACUUCGGCUUCAUCUCCACAGCUGUGAGUUGAGUCUGGAUUCGCCCGAGAAGCGCCCGAUUGUGGACGAACAUCUGCAUGUCCUAUGGGUUAGCAUCAAUUUUUGCAGGUUUCAGAAAGCCUUCUCUUGAAGGCCAAGAUCCCCGGCAGGGCUUCCAUACCCAUCGUCUCCAGCAGAACCGGCUGUUCUUUGACCAGUACAGCUGCUGCCGGUGUUUGCAGCGGCAUAUUGUUCCUUUCGUCAAUGUUUGACGACAUUUUGCGCUUAGCUUGAUUAAGAGUGUUCUUGAUUAUUUCUUGAGCGGGGCUUCAAUGAGUUCUCUGUCUUGGCUCAAAAAAGGUUGGGGUUUGGCCAAGGUAGAGGAUUCCAUGAAGUGUCGAUGCCUUGGCAAUUCUCGUGUUAUGCCAAAGGCUACAAUGACGUAAUCCGAGUCCCCGUGCCACUGCUUAUCUGCCCUUAUUGUCAGGUAUCACGUGUUCUGUGCAUCCAACAGACAUCCCUGCAUCUAUUCGUGCCACCCUAAUCAGAUCGACACCGCCGCUAUUAGAGGUGAUUUCAAAGUCGCAGAUUUCCUCUUGGGCGCAACGAGUAUUUGAGGAGAAUUUUCUAUCAAACGCCUGCCUAUCUUUAUGAUCACAUGGUCGUGAUGAUGCGCUGGGUACAUGUCUCGCAUUCGGUUGUGCCAGGAACAGCAGGUCACGAUGGAUGCAGCUGGACCUAGGCGACCUAGGCGACCUAGGCCCCACCAACUAUUCAGGAAGGACUGAAUGGAGGCCCUGGUUAGAGUGGAGUUCAAGAUCUAUGGUAUAUCUUCUCCAACCAUAUUGUCAUCAUGCAUCUCUGCUGGGGCUGCAGUGGUUACAUAGUACAAUUUCAUACUAGGGCAGAAUCGCCACCGGGAGCACCAAGAUUUCGAGCUUACGCGGCUUGGCAGGGGCUUCCGGUAGUGGCACCGGGACACGCAUUUUCUGUACGGCAUAGCCUAUCAUUAACCACAACAGGCAGCUUCUCCAAACCAUUUAGCGAGACCUGAACCUUGCUUGGGUCCUAGGUCAACACCAGGGCGAGCGCGAGAUUUCUCCGUACAGGGAACCUUGAUCUCGUGCAACUCACAAUGGGGGUUCGGUUCAGAGACCUAACAUGGAUAUCAUUCUAGGAAACUUGCAAGAUGGGAGACGAAAUAUGUACCCUUGCGUUCUCAUGUUCUCAUUUACACGAGCUAUAUGCGCCGCAACGAGAUCUCGUUGAUCUUGCAUGCGCUGAUCUGAUCAAAUACGAUUUAUAAAUAUGUACAAAGAAGUCUUCACAUCUCUCAGUAGUGAGUAGUGAAGCGCGAAUGUUCUGAUGGGCAAAAGAAUUGCCUCCGUGCUGUGUACCGUUCUACGUGCUCUGGUAGUGGGCAACGUAGAAGACCUCCAUCAUCUGUCCCCAUCCUUCUAGGGUGUUGCUGUUUGGGUAUCCGGGCCCUGUUGGUUUUGG